AGCUCUGCUCCAGCGCUCUCCCUAACCCCGCCACUGCCCCUGUGCUGAUUCAUUGAUUUGGACGGGUUAUAUACUGGGAGGGGAAGCAUGAACCACAUUCUGCUCUCUUGCCAGCACGGAGCUGUGCUUGCUCGGCGCUCGCGGCUGCAGGACACUCCGUGAGCAGGACCCUCCGUGAGCAGGACCCUCGGGCCUGAUGGAGCAGAGAGGCUGGCAGCGGUGGCUGCUGCUGCUGCUGGGCAUCCAGCUGGCUGGUGGCCAGUGCCCGGAGCAGUGCCAGUGCGUCCGCACAGCCCAGGUGGAGUGCUCUGGCCCCGGUAUCACCGCAGUCCCCAGCCCCAUCCCUGCCAACGCCAUGACCCUCCAGAUCAUCAACACACGCAUCGCUGCGCUGGGCGACGCGUCCUUUGGCAACGCCUCCCUGCUGAUCGGGCUGCGCAUCGAGAAGAACAACCUGUCACACAUCAGCCCCGGUGCCUUCCAGCACCUGCCCGACCUGCGCUACCUCAGCCUGGCCAGCAACAAGCUGCGCGAGCUCCCCGUGCAGGUCUUUGAGCCUCUGGGCAAGCUAGAGUCUCUGCUCCUCUCCAGCAACCAGAUCCUCCAGGUCGAGCCUGCACACUUCACUCACCUGAGCAACCUCAAGGAGCUGCAGCUGCACGGGAACAACCUGCAGGAAGUGAAGGAGGGGGUGUUUGACCAGCUUACCAGCCUCACCAAGCUCAACCUGGCCAGGAACAACAUCGACCACCUGCCGCCCCGGGCCUUUGAGCGGCUGGCGCGGCUGCAGGUGCUGCGACUCUAUGAGAACCGGCUCCAGCACAUCCCAGCGGGUGCCUUCGAUGGGCUGCCGGAGCUGCAGGAGCUGGGGCUGCACCAGAACCAGCUGGAGACUCUGUCCCCAGAGCUCUUCAUACACAACGGGAACCUGCAGAAGCUCUACCUGUCCAACAACCUCCUCGCUACCCUGCCGAGUGGCAUCUUCCUGCCUCUGCGGGCCCUCACCAAGAUCACCCUGCAUGUCAACCGCCUGCGGGACAUCUCCCCCGGCGCCUUUGGGCCCAUGCCCAACCUGCGGGAGCUGUGGCUCUAUGAGAAUGAGCUUUCCAGCCUGCCCGCUGCCGUCUUUGCCAACCUCACCCAGCUGCAACUCCUGGUGCUCAGCAAGAACCGGCUGCGCUCACUGGCACCAGGGGCUUUCUGGGGCUUGGGGGAGCUGCUGGAGCUGUCGCUGCACUCCAAUGCCCUGCGUCGCCUGGAUGCCCAGGCCCUGGAGGGCCUGCCCAAGCUGCAGAACAUCUCCCUGCACCACAACCAGCUGCAGGUACUGCCACGGGGCCUCUUUGGAGCCACCCCAGGGCUGCAGCACCUGCAGCUGCACUCCAACGCCCUGGAAUACCUGCCCGCUGGCAUCUUCUCCCCGCUGGCCGCUCUGCGAGAGGUGAAGCUGCACAACAACUCCUGGCGCUGUGACCAGGGCAUCCUGCCCCUGCGGGGGUGGCUGCAGGACAACCCGCACAAGGUGGGCGACACACCCCCGCUCUGCUCCCAGCCCCCUGCCCUGCAGGGCCUCCCCAUCGCUGGGCUGCCACGGGAUCAGCUCCUCCCCUCCGCGGCCUCCCCUCAUCCCAGCACCCCGCUCCCCCAUCGCCCCUCUGAGGUGCCGCGGCCGGAGGGUGCCUGGACGGAGCCCUCCACGGGACUGCCGGUUUCCCCACAGCAGGAGGUGGAGGAGGUUGAGGAAGUGGAGGAAGAGGAGCGGGGGCGCUGGGGGCUGACACGCGUGCAGAGCGGGGUGGUGGUGGCCGUCAUUGUGCUGGUGUGCGUGGCCCUGCUCGCCGCUCUGGUGGCCCUGGUGGUCUACGGCUGUAGGAAGAAGAGCCACGUGGUGCUCAUGAGGAUGAAGGCGCCCAAUGAAGCCUGAGUGGCUGGCAGAGCCAGAGGGGGAGCGGUGCUGGCAGGAUGUCCCCUCCCCAUGGGGCCAAAGGAUGUGACAGGGCUCAGCAGCUGCCCCAGCUGAUGGGGAUGGGCCAGUGUCACCCUGCGGGCAGCAUGCCCCUGUCCUGCUCUGCCCUCCAUCUGUCCCCCAGCUGCCUUCUCAUGUCUGCCCUCUGUCCCCAGCCCCCUCCUGCCUCCAGUGCAGCCUCUGUGCCCUUGCCCGGCACCAGUACCUGGGGUGUGGGGUGCUGAGAGGGGACCCCUGGGCAGGGACCCCCAGCUUGGCCAUGAUGGUGCUUACCUGAAACAACAACCCUUCCCUAUCCUUCACCUUGCAUCAUCCCGUCCUGUGCUGUCUGCUGGCCCCCCAGCCCCCUUCCCCACCUCCAGCCCUGCCAUGCCUUCAGCCUCUGCUGCUGCCUGGGUGUGAGUCCUUGGCAGGGCCAUAGACGAGCGAGCACCUUCCUGCGAGUCCUGGUGCUGCUCUGUGGGCCGGGGAUCCUGCGGGGCUGGGCUGGCUCAGCUGGCACAUCUUUCAUGA